AUUUGUUUCGCGAUCAAUGACAGAAGAAUAAAUUCAGAAGUAGAAAAACAAGUUUUUAAAAUUUAUUAAAAAUAUUUUCGAUAAAUGAUCUGAAUAUGACUGAUAAACAAUUAAUCUCAAAAUUAGCCAAUGUUCCUUUACAGAGACCUGGAUUUGAUGCUUUAGACAUGUCAGCGCCUGUAUUAGUACAGAUGAAUUCUGCUGGACAGUGGGAAAACCGUAAGCCGGAUUGUUUAGACGAAGAACGUUUGAGAGCAGUGGUUCAACAUUUAGUCAAGUCUAGAGCAGUUUCAGCCGCUCAAAGUUAUUGUGGACAGUGUAAUUCAGAAAAGAUGAAUGUUGGUGGAUCUAAUUACAUUCCUGUUAUUAUGAUGCCCAUCUAUGGAGCUGAUGAAUGUCCAUUUGAUAUGGACUGUGAGAUUAAAAAAAAUCAAGACACAGAAAAGAAACCGACAAAAAAAGAAAAAUCCCCACACGAUAUGGCAAAGGAAUCUGAUAAAGAAAAGGAUAAGAAAAAGCCUGCCAAGAGGAGAGUUAUGCAAAGACUUACAAACUUUGAUCUAUUGUCGCAGUGGUAGUUUGUUUUUGUAAAAAUAACAAAAUUGGUGGUUGUUGAUAACAA